AUGGAUCAGGACAAGAGCCCCAGGCUCCAGGUCAACGAUGCCUCUUCGUCGAAUGCCUCGAAUCCGAACGUGCCUCUCUCUCCGAUUGUAGACCCAUCCUUCACACCAGUUCCUCUGCGAAUGAAGACCCAUACCUCGCUGGACUUGGACGAUUACUUCUCUGGGCCUCGAGAUAUGGACCACCAUUCCAAGGUGCCCUACUUCCUCCGUUUGCAUGGCAGUGUUGUUCCCAAGAUGAUUCUGCCUCUUGCUUUUGUCGGAGCUUGGGCAACAGCCGUCACUUGCAUCAGCAAGUUUGUCCACAACCUGGGCAUCAACUCUGUUCUCUUGACAAUCACCGGUUUCGUGGUGUCCCUUGCACUGUCGUUCCGAUCGACAACCGCAUACGAAAGAUACAUGGAAGGCAGGAAAUACUGGGCACAAUUGAUAGUCACGUCCAGAAACUUGGCUCGGUUGAUUUGGAUUCACGCCUCUGAACGACACAAUGUGAGCGAAGACCAAGGCAAGGCCGACCUCCUGGGCAAAUUAACCGCCCUAAACCUCAUCAACGCCUUCGCCGUGGCUCUCAAGCAUCACCUGCGGUUCGAGCCUUCCGUCGAAUACCCCGACCUCCAACCACUAGUUGCACACCUCCACACACUUGCCGGCGAAGUAGACCAGACAAAGCUGCAACCCAAAAAGACAAACUCGUGGAAAACCGCAGGCCAGUACCUGGGCGUGAGUUUCGCAGAGUCGAACCCUCGCAAAUUGAUCAAACGAUCCGGCGAGAAUCUCGGUAAUUUGCCGCUGGAAAUCCUGACGUACCUCUCGUCGUACAUGGACUCGAUUAUGAAAAAUGGACAACUGAGUGCACCAAUUCACCAAACACACGCCAUGAACAACAUCACCGCCCUGGCCGAGGUGCUGACCGGCACGGAACGCAUCUUGACCACUCCGGUCCCCAUCGCUUACUCAAUCUCCAUCUCCCAAAUCACUUGGGUCUACAUUCUGGUCCUUCCAUUCCAGCUCUACAAGUCGCUGGGCUGGGUGACCAUUUUUGGCACCCUACUCGCGGCGUACAUCAUCUUGGGUCUAGCAACGAUCGGCUACGAGAUCGAGAACCCCUUUGGCCAUGACGUGAACGAUCUCCCGCUCGACUCGUACUGCCGCGAACUUGCGGCUGACAUUGAUGUGUUGACGAGCAUGCCGGCCCCAACGGCUGAGAACUUUAUCGCCACCGCCGAGAACAAGGUGCUGUUUCCGUUGAGUAUGAACAGCUACGAUAACUGGAAGUCGCGCUCGCUUGUGGACAUCCGAAAGGCGCUACGCUCCAAGGCCACAACUGCGGCCUCGACGCUGACUUUCGAACGUGCAGCGGCUCAGAGCCAAAGUACGAAUGAGGCAACUGCUGUUCCUGCGGUUGAUCCUAGCAAAGACAGACCUGAGGGUGAUGCCUGUUGA